AUGGCCUCCAAUGGUAAUGGAAAUCUCAAAGCUGACAUUCAACCAGUAGAGUCAACAGCUUCGGACAAUGUUCAAGGCGCAACAGAUGUCAACACUCUUGCCACUCAGGGUGUUUCGCAAAGUGGCAAGCGGUGGAGUGGGUUUAGGAAUUUUUGGAAUCGCCUUUGUACUGGCCCCCAGUUAAAGAAAUUUGGUCCCUCCCCUUCAUUCAAGUUUCAACAGAUCGCACUUCAACGGGAUGAGUUCUCACGUUCGGUCCAUUCGGACAACCAUGUUAGCCAUGAACAUUUCCAGUUUAUCAGGAGGAUUAAUUGGGAACACCUGUGGGUGAUGGCCAAGAAUUGGAUAAAAGAGCCUAUGAACAUGGCCCUUUUUGUUUGGAUUGCUUGUGUUGCUGUAUCUGGUGCAAUUCUCUUCCUUGUUAUGACUGGAAUGCUGAAUCAUGUUUUGCCUAGCAAAUCACAAAGGGACACCUGGUUUGAAGUGAACAACCAAAUCCUGAAUGCAUUAUUCACGCUCAUGUGCCUUUAUCAACACCCACAACGGAUCUACAACUUUGUUCUUCUUUGUCGAUGGGAGCCUAAGGACAUUUUAAGGCUUAGGAAGAUAUAUUGCAAAAAUGGAACAUAUAAACCUAAUGAGUGGAUGCACAUGAUGGUGGUUGUAAUCCUUCUUAAUUUGAACUGCUUUGCUCAGUACGCCCUGUGUGGUCUAAACCUAGGGUACCGCAGAUCUCAACGGCCUCCUAUCGGUGUUGGCCUCACUAUUUCUGUUGCAAUUGGGGCUGCAGCAUUCGCUGGUCUGUACAAUAUCAUCAGCCCUCUUGGGAAGGACUAUGAUACAGAACAUGCCGCUAUCGAUCAAGAAGCACAAAUCGAUGUCACCUCAACUGAGAGCGGCAGGCCAACUUCACGGAUUAAGUCAUUUGAGAGGAGAUACUCUUUCAUCCAGAGUGAUGAACGCCAUUUUGUGGAGAGAAGGCCUCAGUGGGUUGGCGGACUAAUGGAUUUCUGGGACCAGAUAUCUAUUGCGUAUUUGACACUUUUCUGCAGUUGCUGUGUCUUUGGCUGGAAUAUGCAGAGGCUUGGAUUUGGUAACAUGUAUGUCCACAUUGCAACGUUUCUGCUCUUUUGCCUGGCUCCAUUUUUUAUCUUCGUCCUUGCAGCUGGCAAUGUUGACAAUGGAUCCCUUCAAUUGGCAUUGGUGCUCACUGGACUUUUCCUGUGCUUUUUUGGUUUACUGUAUGGUGGCUUCUGGAGAAUUCAGAUGAGGAAGAGGUUCAACCUGCCUGAAAACAACUUCUGCUGCCACAACCCAGAUGCAUCGGAUUGUUUCCAGUGGUUGUUCUGCUGCUCAUGCUCACUUGCUCAGGAAGUCAGGACCGCAGAUUACUACGAUAUCACAGAGGACAAGUCACACACAGGCCAAGUAACUGGCGAAACCCCCCGCGUAAUGAUGUCCCCAUUGCAGCGUGAAGAUGGUUUGGCCCUUUUCAAGUCGAGUCCAAGUUCGCCAUACAGGAGCGGCAAUGCUAGUCCAUCGAUCUUUAUCCUGGAGAGCCCGUCAGCCCCACGCAGGUCAUCUGGUUCCUCGCCUCAGGGUGGUUCACCGACAAAGGGUGAUAGGGUGAUGAAGGCACCAGCUCCAUCUGUUCUUCAGAGAGAAGGUGGACCAGAUCAUGGCACGGGGGUGAUCCAGUGA